AAACAGAAGCUACAGAGCGGAGUUCAGUCAUGUACAGGAGUGAGAGUGUGGGCCGAGUGAUGUGUGUAAGGAGAGCAGAGGGGAGGGCUGUAGGCACGAUGUACAGCGCCGCUGAGAAUGGGUUCACAGGAGAGUAGCUCCGAGAGCGGGGUGUAUUUCUCACUGAGCCCCUCCAUGCUGAACAGCAGCGCGGCUCCGGGCAGCGAGGGAGCGGCCGUCCGCAGGGAGCUCACCCAGCCCUGGAAGAUCAUCGUCAGUAUGGUCAUGUCGGUCAUGGUGCUGGUGACCGUGUUCGGGAACGUGCUGGUGAUCACGGCGAUCGCCCGCUUCCAGCGGCUGCAGACGGUCACCAACUAUUUCAUCACGUCGCUGGCCUGUGCGGACUUGGUGAUGGGGCUGAUCGUGGUUCCCUUCGCCGGCGUCCGCAGUAUCACCGGCGUCUGGUACUUUGAGAACUUCUGGUGCGACUUCUGGACCUCGCUGGAUGUGCUGUGCGUGACGGCGAGCAUUGGCACCCUGUGUGUGAUCGCCCUGGACCGCUACCUGGCCAUUACCUCGCCUUUCCGCUACCAGACGCUGUUGACCAAGUGCAAGGCUCGCCUGGUGGUGCUGGUGGUCUGGAUGGUAGCCGCUCUGACCUCCUUCCUGCCCAUCUACAUGGGCUGGUGGAAGCUGAAUGAGACCGGCCCCCUGCAGUGCUACGCGGACCCCAGGUGCUGCGAGUUCUUCGUCAACAAAGAGUUCGCCAUCUCCUCGUCCAUCGUCUCCUUCUACUUGCCCCUGUUCGUCAUGAUCUUCCUGUACACCCGGGUCUUUCAGGAAGCCAGGCAGCAGCUGCAGAAGAUCAACAAGUGUCAGGGCCGCUUCAACAACAACUUGAACCAGCCUGUCCCUCCUGUCAACGGCAAAGCUGCCAAACCGGGGCAGAAAAGGACACCCAGGUUUCUCAAUCUGAAGGAGCACAAAGCUCUGAAGACGCUGGGGAUUAUAAUGGGGGUGUUCACCCUCUGCUGGCUGCCCUUCUUCGUGGUCAAUAUCGUCAGUGUCAUUUUUAAAGACAGCAUCUCGAACACCGUGUUCACUUUCCUGAACUGGAUCGGCUACUCCAACUCCGCCUUCAACCCGCUCAUCUACUGCCGCAGUUCGGAUUUCAGGCACGCCUUCAAGACGGUGCUGUGGGGCUGCCGGAGCUCGCCGCCGUCCACCCACCACAGCAGUUACCCCAACGAGAACCUCGUGCCGAGCGAGGAUCGCCUGGGGAACGGGCUGCCCGGCGGCCUGGAGGGCGCAGCGCCGCCCGCGGCCAACUGCAGCCCCCCGGCCGCUGCCAAUGAACGCAGGCUCCUGGACUCGGUCAUUUAAACGGAGGCUCAAGCGACACUCCCCGAGCCAGUGACAGCCCGGGCGGCACUCGGCCACAGUGGGAGGGGGGGCCGCACCGAAACUCUCGGAAGACGAGAUGUUCCCACUCGAUUCCGCUUGUACUUUUUCAUGCAUUCGCCUACCUCAUAACUCUGUGCACGCAGUGCAAGUACAUUGUGGUGAAAGUGUGAGACCCCCCUCCAGCCCUCGCCCCGCGGGAGAUAGAAGCCAGCUCAGUAAAAUAGGACAGUUCUUGAAUGUUGCUACAUGAGCAUUAACAGUGAAUGUUUAAAUGUUUACAACUCGCAUGACGCCUACACACAAAGGCCAUGUCGACCCUACUGAAAGCAUUUUUGUUUUGCGCCCUCUUUAUCCCCUUGAGUGCUCAUUGGCACACCGUUUUGUACCAUCCGUAACAGAACCUCACGCCAUUCAAUUCAGUUCAAGAAGUGAUCUCAAGGAAGUGGAAUAGAUUCUAUCGGACAAUUGCUGGGAACAUUUGGAGUGAAAUAGUGAGUGUUGAGCGAUGAGGUUAGCCUUUGUAUUGCGGUCAGUAAGGGGGGGGAGAUCACCCAGCCGCACAGCACAGGGAAAGCGGACAGUGCAAUGUGUGCGGUUGUGUUGGGAUAUCUGUGUAUUAGGAGGAGGAAGGGCCCGGUUUAGCCGAUUUCUCGAAGUUAGAUGCCCAACAGGUUUGUUAACUUCCGUACGCGCAGUUCGAGUUAGGAGUUAGGUAACAUCCCCACCCCCUUCCCAAUCCUGUCUUCACCCACCAAUUUUCAUAAAAUGGAAACAAACGUGUGCUCGUGUGCCGGCGCGUUCACAUCCUUGUGUCUGUAGUUGUACUGUGGUGUAUUCGUUGUGACCUUUAAGUGCAUAACUGUAUUUUGCAAUGUUGCACUUUCGAGUCAGACAGUGCUCGAGUUCUCUGGACGUUUCUCUUUACAAUGAAGGUGAGGCUUGUCAAUUUCCAACACCUUCCCUCCCCCCCGUUUCGCAGAUUAAGAGACAGCGUCGUUUCACGUGAAUACGCAUCGAUUGGAUACUGUCAACAACAACAAAAAAACUUUUAUAGCAAAUAAUUAUCUUGUACCAUUGUCAGUCAAAAGCUGUUCUACUGAAAUGAGUUUUCUGUGGCAUUGUUUAGUGUCUGUGCCUGGGUAUUGGAAUUUUCUUGUACGCGAACGCUAGGAACGGAUCUGUGUGGGAUUAUGUGCAAUAAACGCUUGUUAUUUCUGCGCGGAACAGGCAUGGGACAAUUUAAUGUUUACUUGAUUUCCUGGUCGAUAUACUUUCGCACAACGUCAAAACAAACCAUAAAGCUAUUUUGGUCUUUCAUAUGAAUUCAGGUAAUUAAGAAAUGAAACAUUUUUGGAUAUUUAUUAUUUCAAAUCAAUAUUGGCUGUUAUUCGUGUACAAAUAAAACUUUAUAUCUUCAAAACA